AUGUCUGAUCUUGUGAAAAGAGAGAUCACAGAGCUCGCCCCAAAUGGCAGCAACUAUCUGUCUUGGUCCUUAGAUGCUGAGAUUGUCUUGGAUGGGAAAAAUCUCAUGCAUGCGAUUAAACCCACCAAUGACAAAAUUGCAACAAGUGCUGAAAGAGCGCAAGCUCUACACUUUCUCAGGCAUCACAUAAGCUCAUCACUGAAGAAUGAGUAUAUGACUGAACGUGACCCUAUAGUCUUGUGGAAUGCAUUGCAUGAACGCUUUGAAAAGAUGGAGACUGUACUUCUUCCUCGAGUAAAACGCGAAUGGCAAAAUCUUCGCUAUCAAGACUACAAGACUGUGGAGGAAUACAAUGCCAAACUCUAUGCAAUUAUUACACGCAUGAAGUUGUGUGGACUUAAGCUGACUGAAUCAGAUCUCAUAGAGAAAACCUUGUCCACUUUCCAUCCUAAACAGACAUAUUUAAGCCGCCAGUAUAAGAAAGAAAAAUACAAGAAGUAUAUUGACCUUAGUAAUGCUUUACAGCAAGACCAAGGUGAAGAUGAAGAGUUGAUGCAGAAUCAUCUAACUCGCCCUACUGGCAGUUUAAGUAAGCCUGAAGCAAAUGCUGUUUCUUCAUCACAGAAGAAUGAAGGAAAAGGAAAGGAGUCACAGAAGGCACCUUGGAAAGGAAAAAACCAGAAGUUUAAUAACUUCAAAAAGAAGGGACAGUGGAAAUCAAAGAAAAUUCCACCAGGGGGAGAAUAUGGCAAACAGGACCAAGAAUGCUAUAGGUGUGGAAUGAAAGGCCAUUGGUCUAGAAUAUGUCGCACUCCUAAGCAUAUAGUGAAACUCUAUCAAGAACUCAAUGGUCAGCUCAAGAAAAGGAAGACUGAACAUGAAGCUCACUUUGUCUCUAGCCGGAAGUUUGAACAAGGUGAAUCUUCCUAG